AUGCUUCGAUCUCAUCAUCCUCAUCUUGUGCAAAAAGCCGACAUAACCAUCGCCAUCGUUUUCCCCUGCUAUAAACCAUCUUCCCGAUUUCAAACACAUUCUUUGUUAUCAUCUAAUGUAAACAACUACAAUGAACUACUAAAGAAUUUAUCAAGUCUUCACAACUUUUCUAUUCUUGAUAUUCCAAUCGCCGGCGACCAUCUUGGUCGUGAUGGCAUGCAUCUUGAUUCCAUACAUAUAUCGUAUCUCAGUAAUACUAUUCAAGAAUACGUUCACGACUUGAUGAGUAAGAGAAUCACACCCAUAAAGUCUCUACGUCGUUCACGGACAGCACUAAAUCGUCGUAAUAAGAAAUGCCAUGAGAAGCUAAAACAAAAACAAAAGACUCAUGUCGUGAUUCGACAUAUAGAUCGAAUAUGGCCUUUAAAAGAAAUAAAAACCUAUCUAGCAUAUAAAAAAAUUCAAUAUAAUCAUUUACCCGAAAUUUGGAAACAAAAACUUUGUAUUCAGUUUACUUACCCUGCCCAUCGAGAACACGCUGAAAAAACAUUGACUCUUAAUGAUUUUGAUGAAAAUAGUUAUUCUGAAUGGUGUUCACAAGAACAUUAA